AUGUUUGGACAUCUUUCGAUCGGCGAGCUCAAUGUAGCGCAUGAUUUCUUGGUAAAGAAAGCGCAGUCGGAAUCGUUUGAAGAAGAGUUGAAAGUAUUACUCAACUGCCUUACUCAACUCGACCAAAAGAAAAUACAUAAUUUGCUGACACCACAGGGUAUAGAAUGGCAUUUUCAACCACAUUUGUCUCCUCAUUUUGGUGGUGCGUGGGAAAGAUUGGUCCAAUCUACAAAGAGAACCUUGAAAGCUAUCCUGAACGAUAGGGUUGUUGUAAAGGAGGCGCUCAGAACGGCGUUGGUAGAAGUUGAAGGAAUUUUAAAUAGUAGGCCUAUCACCCAAGUGUCCAGUGAUGCAAAUGACUGGGAGGCACUUACCCCAAACCAUUUGAUCCUCUUGCGUGCUAAUCCAGCUGUUGCUGAUGUUCAUGUUGAAGAUAAGGAGAUAAACUCUAGGAAAGUGUGGAGACAGUCGCAAGCUUUAGCAAAUUUCUUCUGGAAAAGAUUCAUUAUUGAAUACAUUCCAAGUCAAACGAGGAGGAAAAAGUGGACGGAGAAAGCUCGUAGUUCUUAUUGCAGAAUCAAAUCAAUCUCGUGGGAUGCGGCCAAUGGGACGAAUAACGGUAGUCUAUCCCGGAGCUGAUAAAGUGGUUAGAGUCGUGAUGGUUAAGAUGCCACAGGGAGAAUACAAAAGAUCAGUCACCAGACUAUGUCUUUUGGAAGAGGUGAACAGCGAUGAUGGUUGUCUCGGGGGUUCCUCGACUGGGGGUGGGGAUGUUCCCGCUUCUGGGAACAAACAACUACAUCGAUGUUUGUUGUGCAAUGCCACAGUUAUAGCAAGUGAGGCAUUUAAAUAAUUCUAUUUAAAAAACUCAUUAAUAAUUCAUGACGAAAACACAAAGAAAAAUCAUAAGCAUGUUGUAUCUGUAUAUGUGAUACAGAUUCAUGUUGAUUUACAUAAACUCUAACUUUGAUUUUCUUGGCUUACACAACGUUUAUUUUUAAAAUUACUUCACCAAUGAACUAAUAAGAUGAGUCAUUUUUUAAGCCUUUUACAACAUUCGCGUCCGUGUUGUAUCGGAUAUACAAACUCUCGCCUUCGGCUCGAGUUUGUAUAUCCGAUUCAGCACAGCCGCUCAUGUUGUAAAUAGUACAUGUUGCACUGAUGGGUUGACUUGCUCUGUCAAAAUCUCCGAGGUCUACAGUAGCUAGUGUUUAUUAAUGCACAUGGUAUAUUGCUACAAAAUGUUUAAUCCUUUCAAGUGACAAUGCGCCCAGAUGCGUCCUACUUUGUUAGUAGGGAGCUUAAGAUACACCAAAUCUGCGACACGGACGCGACUAAAAAACUGUUGCUUAAAAUUGGAGACAAGUUUUACUUUGUUUUUCUCAUGCCCCUGUUUUUGUUUACCAACAACAAUCCAUAUAGUUUUUUAUCUGUGAAGUAAAACUGACAAUAGCGGCAGUUUUUGUUCACGUCCGUGUCGUAGAUUUGGUUUAUCUUAAGCUCCCUAUUUUACGCUGUCUAAUGCCAGACGAUUUUACUUGUCAGGGGAAGAGUGUUGCCACUCAAUGGGUUAACAUAGCUUUAUCAGGACUGAUGUUUUGCUGAUAAGUUAUAUUGUGCAGGUGUGGGAAAACCUGUGAAUUUACGAAGUAACAACAAGAGAGCAUCACAGGUUCGAUUUCUUGUAUUUGGUACUGAUCUGUUGUCAACAAACUUACAGCUACAACAUGACAGAGAGCAACAUUUUAUUUCUGUAAACUGGGAGCAAAUUUAUGGGAAGCUUGUGAAUAAUGAUGAUGCUCAUUUCUGUGCUGCCAUCACAACAUUU